GCAUUUGUCCCUCAGUAUUCGCCAUGGUCCCUUUGUAUAUGGUUACUCCCAAACUUUCAGUUGCCAAGAUUGACAAUUUGUCGUCACCCAACGUGGAAAAGUUCUAUCAAAUCUACCAGGAUGCCAAGUCCAAGUACGACUCGUUGUGCGAGUUGACAUCCAAUAACAACUCCCGAGAGGACUUGAGUGUUCCACGCUCGAUGUCUCCUGCUCCCAUGUCUCUUCCCAUGCACUCUGCCCCAUGCACGCUGUCGCUGGCAUCCAGCUUCUACUCGUUGGGAGCGAUUGGAGCAAACGCCAGACUGUCAAACAAAAAACUGUCGCUCAAACAGAUAAAAAUAAAGUAUCACAAAAUGCUCGUGGACCACGCAUUGACAGAGUACCGGUACAUCAAGUCCUACAACAACAUUCUUACCAUCGCGAACGAAUUCUUCACCAAACCGGAGUUGACGUUAGAAGACGAGGAGAAAGGGUUGGACUUGAUUGGUGUGGAGAUGCAGAGCUAUAACGAAAUUGAAAAGGCAUUCAAGAAGCUUGUUAUCAUCAGAAAAAACUUUGAGCAGGUCUACGCAAAGGAGUUGGCUUCUGCUGGUCUUGGGGUCAACGCUAUGGGAAAAGGCCGUGCCUUCCCCGUGAGCUCCACCCCAAAGGUGUAGCAAUUCCGCGAUCGUAUUUAAAUUUUGUAUAACUCAAUAUAUCG